AUGAGACCGGCCAUCGUCCCUGAGACGAACAGUGCACCUGAGACUAACACUGUCCCUGAGACGGAAAGUGCACCUGAGACCGACACUGUCCACAGUGCACCUGAGACGAACACUGACCCUGAGACGGGCAGUGCGCCUGAGACCGUCAUCGUCCCUGAGAUGGACAGUGCACAUGAGACAGUUAUCAUCCCUGAGACAGACAGUGCACCUGAGACUGACACUGACCCUGAGAUGGACAGUGCGCCUGAGAAAGUCAUCGUCCCUGAGACGGACAGUGCACAUGAGACCAUCAUCGUCCCUGAGACGGACAGUGCACCUGAGACUAACACUGUCCAUGAGACGGACAGUGCACCUGAGACUAACACUGUCCCUGAGACAGCCAGUGCACCUGAGACUGACACUAUCUCUGAGACGGACAGCGCACCUGAGACUGACACUGUCCCUGAGACAGACACUAUCCCUGAGACGGACAGUGCACCUAAGACCAUCAUCAUCCCUGAGACGGAGAGUACACCUGAGACUGACACUAUCCCUGAGACGGACAGUGCACCUGAGACGGACACUGACCCUGAGACGGGCAGUGCGCCUGAGACCAUCAUCGUCCCUGAGAUGGACAGUGCACCAGAGACUGACACUGGCCCUGAGACGGGCAGUGCGCCUGAGACCAUCAUCGUCCCUGAGAUGGACAGUGCGCCUGAGACUGUCAUCGUCCCUGAUACGGACAGUGCACCUGAGACCGACACUGUCCCUGAGAUGGACAGUGCACCUGAGACUGACACUGUCCCUGAGACAGACAGUGCACAUGACACCAUCAAUCGUCAGACGGACAGUGCACCUGAGACCGACACUGUCCCUGAGAUGGACAGUGCACCUGAGACUGACACUGUCCCUGAGAUGGAGAGUGCACAUGAGACCGUCAUCGUCCCUGACACAGACAGUGCACCUGAGACCAACACUGUCCCUGAGACGGACAGUGCACAUGAGACCGUCAUCGUCCCUGAGACGGACAGUGCAUCUGAGACUGACAAUGUCCUUGAGAUGGACAGUGCACCUGAGACUGACACUGUCCCUGAAAUGGACAGUGCACCUGAGACCAACAUUGUCCCUGAGACGGACAGUUCACCUGAGACCAACACUGUCCCUGAGAUGGACAUUGCGCAUGAGACCAUCAUUGUCCCUGAGAGCGACAGUGUACCUGAGGCUGACACUGUCCCAGAGACUGACAGUGCACCUCAGACCGUAAUCGUCCCUGUGAUGGACAGUGCACCAGAGACCAUCAUCGUCCCUGAGAUGGACAGUGCACCUGAGACCAUCAUCGUCCCUGAGAUGGACAGUGCACCUGAGACCGUCAUCGUCCCUGAGAGGGACAGUGUACCUGAGACUGACACUGUUCCUGAGAUGGACAGUGCAACUGAGACUGACACUGUCUCUGAGAUGGACAUUACACAUGAGACUGACAUUGUCCCUGAGAUGGACAGUGCACAUGAGACCGUCAUCUUCCCUGAGACAGACAGUGCACCUGAGACUACCACUGUCCCUGAGAUGGACAGUGCACCUGAGACUGACACUGUCCUUGGGAUGGACAGUGCACCUGAGACCGACACUGUCCCUGAGACAGCCAGUGCACCUGAGACUGACACUGUUCCUAAGACAGACACUAUCCCUGAGACGGUCAGUGCACCUAAAACCGACACUUUCCCUGAGAUGGACAGUGCACCUGACACUGACACUGUCCCUGAGAUGGACAGUGCACCUGAGACCAUCAUCAUCCCUGAGAUGGACAGUGCGCCUGAGACCAUCAUCGUCCCUGAGAGGGACAGUGUACCUGAGACUGACACUGUUCCUGAGAUGGACAGUGCAACUGAGACUGACACUGUCUCUGAGAUGGACAUUGCACAUGAGACUGACACUGUCCCUGAGAUGGACACUGCACAUAAGACCGUCAUCAUCCCUGAGAUGCACAGUGCACCUGAGACUGACACUGUCCUUGGGAUGGACAGUGUACCUGAGACCGACACUGUCCCUGAGAUGGACAGUGCUCCUGAGACUGACACUGUUCCUAAGACAGACACUAUCCCUGAGAUGGUGAGUGCACUUAAGACCGACACUUUCCCUGAGAUGGACAGUGCACCUGACACUGACACUGUCCCUGAGAUGGACAGUGCACCUGAGACGGUCAUCAUCCCUGAGAUGGACAGUGCACCUGAGACUAACACUGUCCCAGAGAUAGACAGUGCACCUGAGACCGCCAUCAUGCCUGAGAUGGACAGUGAACCUGAGACCAUCAUCGUCCUUAAGACAGACAGUGCACCUGAGACUGACACUGUCCCUAAGACCGACACUGUCCCUGAGAUGGACAGUGCACUUAAGACUGACACUGUCACUGAGAUGGACAGUGCACCUGAGACCAACACUGUCCCUGAGACGGACAGUGCACCUGAAACUGACACUGUCCCUGAGAUGGACAAUGCGCCUGAGACCGUCAUCAUCCCUGAGAUGGACAGUGAACCUGAGACCGUCAUUGUUCCUGAGAUGGACAGUGCAACUGAGACUGUCAUCAUCCCUGAGACUGACACUGUCCCUGAGACGGACAGUGCACCUGAGACUGUCAUCGUCUCUGAGAUGGACAUUGUGCCUGAGACCGUCUUUGUCCCUGAGACGGACAGUGCACCUGAAACUGACACUGUCCCUGAGAUGGACAAUGCGCCUGAGACCGUCAUCAUCCCUGAGAUGGACAGUGAACCUGAGACCGUCAUUGUUCCUAAGAUGGACAGUGCACCUGAGACCAUCUUCAUCCCUGAGACGGACAGCGCACCUGAGAGCGUCAUCAUCCCUGAGACUGUCACUGUCUCUGAGACCGACAUUGUCCUUGAGACUGAAACUGCCUCAGAGAUAACACUGCCCUUGAGACUGUCACUGCCUCUGAGACUUUCGCUGUCUAUCAGACUCAAACAACCUCUGAGCCCAAAACUCCCUCUAAGACUGACACUUCCAUUGAGACUCGCCCUGCGUCUGAGAAUUACACUUCCACUAAAAGUGACACUGUCUGUUAGACUAACACUGCCUGUCAGAUUAAGCCUGCUUCUCAAAUUGAGACUGCCUCACAGACCGGCACUACAUCUCAGACUGACAGUACAUUUCAAAUAUACAGUACGUCUCAGACUGACACUGCCUCGAAGACAACACUGCCUCUUAACUUCCAGUGCAUUGGAGCCUACCACUGCCUCUGAGACUGCCAAUACCUCUGAGACUGACACUACCUCGGAGACUGCCCUUGAAUAUGAAGGUGCCACUGCUUCUGAGACUGACACUACCUCAGAGACUGCCCUUGAAUAUGAGGGUGCCCCUGCUUCUGAGACUGACACUACCUGUACCUCGGAGACUGCCCUUGAAUAUGAGGGUGCCACUGCUUCUGAGACUACCUCGGAGACUGCCCUUGAAUAUGAGGGUGCCACUGCUUCUGAGACUACCUCGGAGACUGCCCUUGAAUAUGAGGGUGCCACUGCUUCUGAGACUACCUCAGAGACUGACCUUGAAUAUGAGGGUGCCACUGCUUCUGAGACUACCUCAGAGACUGACCUUGAAUAUGAGGGUGCCACUGCUUCUGAGACUGACACUACCUCAGAGACUGCCCUUGAAUAUGAGGGUGCCCCUGCUUCUGAGACUGACACUACCUGUACCUCGGAGACUGCCCUUGAAUAUGAGGGUGCCACUGCUUCUGAGACUGACACUACCUCAGAGACUGCCCUUGAAUAUGAGGGUCCCAAUACCUCUGAGACUGACACUAACUCAGAGACUGCCCUUGAAUAUGAGGGUGCCACUGCUUCUGAGACUGAGACUACCUCGGAGACUGCCCUUGAAUAUGAGGGUGCCACUGCUUCUGAGACUGACACUACCUCGGAGACUGCCCUUGAACAUGAGGAUGCCAAUACCUCUGAGACUGCCCUUGAAUAUGAGGGUGCCACUGCUUCUGAGACUGACACUACCUCUGAGACUGCCCUUGAAUAUGAGGGUGCCACUGCCUCUGAGACUGACACUAUCUUGGAGACUGCCCUUGAAUAUGAGGGUGCCACUGCUUCUGAGACUGACACUACCUUGGAGACUGCCCUUGAAUAUAAUGAGGGUUCCAGGGGCUCUGAGACUGACAGUACCUCAGAGAUUGCCCUUGAAUAUAAUGAGGGUGCCAUGGUCUCUGAGACUGACACUGACACUACCUCAGAGACUUACACAACCUAUGAAGCUUCCACUGUCUCUGAGUCUAACAUUGAAUAUCAGUUGGCCACUGCCUCUGAGCUGCCAAUGGAUCUUAUCCAGCUACUGCUUCUCAGACAUCCACUGUCUCUGAGACUGACCCUCCCCGAAGACCUGAGCCCCUUUUAA